CACCCGCACCCGUUUUCUCUCCUCAGUGAGGACGACGUUUUCCAUCCCGACCAGAGAGAAAAAACGGCAGAAAGAGAACAUCUACCACGCCGGGGUUUGGUUGGAAAAGAGAAACCCUCAGCUGCUAUACCGGGAUACAAAUACUGUACCAAGUGGAGAUUACAGCGGUGUUCCCCGGGGCUUCCUUUACGGCUGAUCAGUGACUGGAAAGGAUGAUGCUCUGCUGAAUCCCCCCCCCCCCCCCCCUUUAUCCUCCACAACACCACUUCCAUCAUGAAUCACACCCCCAGCCCCCACCUGUCGGAGAGCGGGAAGUCGUCUGCAGGGGGCCUGCUGUGCAGCCUGGGUCUAGGGUCCGACAGGGGCAUCCGCUCCCCGGACAGCCUCACCCACACCCCCAGCCCCACCGGAGGAACCCCCAGCUCUAGCCCCCCCCUGCUGCUGUCGCCCGGGCUGGGUGGCUUUGGGCUGGGGUCCCUGGGGUCCAUGGGCGAGGGGGCCGGGGCAGACUGGGAGAGCAGGGAGGAGCUGAGGCUCAGGGAGCUGGAGGAGGCUCGGGCCAGAGCGGCACAGAUGGAGAAGACCAUGAGGUGGUGGUCCGACUGCACCGCCAACUGGAGGGAGAAGUGGAGCAAGGUCCGUGCCGAGCGGAACCGGGCCCGUGAUGAGGUGCGUCAGCUGAGGCAGCGGCUGGACUCCCUCACCAAGGAGCUGACCAGCGUCCGGCGGGAGCGACAGGAGCUGGCCUCUGAAACCGAGACACUACGGCAAGAAAAGCUGCGUCUCCGUGGCGACCAAGCUCCUGACGCUCCUCCUCCAUCCGCCAUUUCUCCAUCUUCCUCCCCUGCACAUGCUCCUGGUGCUUCCUCUUCCUCCCCGUCCAUACCUCCUUCUUCCCCUGCCUCUUCCUCCUCCUCCUCUCAGGUCCACAAUGACGGCCAGCCGGACAGGGUUGGGGAGGGACCGCUGGGGUCUCCGGAGCCAGAACCAGUGAGGGACGUGGACCUGGACAGCCAGAAGAUGGGUCUAGAAAAGGACUUGGAGGUGCUAGAGUCCGUCCUGCGCUCCAGGGCCCCAGACGGUGACCCUCAGGAGUCCUGGGAGAGUCGGGGGGGUGUUAACUCCUCCACCCCCCGCUCGUCCUCUGCUCUGAGCCGGCAGGAGCGCAGCAGGCAGCUGUGGGAGGACCUCAGCAUGGGGGAGGAGGACUCGGGGAAACUGAACGCUCUGCAGCUCCGCCUGGACGAGUCUCAGAAGGUCCUGCUGAAGGAGAGAGAUGAUAAGCUGGCUCUGAGUAAGAGCAUCGAGAGGCUGGAGGCUGAACUCACUCAGUGGAAGUUAAAAUAUGAGGAGCUCAGCAAGACCAAACAGGAGACCCUCAAACAGCUGAACCUGCUGAAGGAGAUGCAUCAGGAUGAACUGGGCCGCAUCUCUGAAGACCUGGAGGACGAACUGGGGGCCCGGACCAGCAUGGACAAGAAGCUGGCCGAGCUCCGAUCUGAGAUGGAGAGGCUGCAGGUGGAGAAUGCUGCAGAAUGGGGACGCAGGGAGCGCUUGGAGACGGACAAACUGGCCCUGGAGAGGGACAACAAGAAGCUGAGGGCCCAGGCUGAGGACCUGGAGGAGCAGUUGGCCAAGAAGCGGCGUCAGGCUGCCUCUGCGCUCGACACAGACCUGAAGGCCAUCCAGAGCGAGCUGUUCGAGAGGAACAAGGAGCUCGCUGAUGUUCGCCACGUUCACGCUAAGCUGAAGAAGCAAUUCCAGGAGAAGACAGUAGAACUCGCCCAUGCCAACCGGAGGGUGGAGGGCCACGAGGCUGAGGUGAAGAAGCUCCGACUCAGGGUGGAGGAGCUGAAGAAAGAGUUGGGACAGGCGGAGGAUGAGUUGGAUGAAUCCCAUAACCAGACCAGGAAACUGCAGAGAUCUCUGGAUGAGCAGGUGGAGCAGACUGAGAACCUGCAGGUUCAAUUGGAACACUUACAAUCAAGACUGCGGCGGCAGCAGCAGAGUCCUGGUCUGUUUGGGAAGAUCCGCUCUGCUCGGUUCAGUCCUGAGAACCCAGACGGUCCGACCAGCGACGUGGACGAGGAGGAGGAGGAGCAGCAGCUGCAGAUCCCAUGACGCUUAGACCUAUAGUUAUACAGGAUGUACUUCACUCAAACAUCAGCUGACACAUGAAGAACUUGAAAUAGUUUGUCUUUUGUGCAAACUUUGUAUCCCCGCCACAGGGAGAGCUGUCUACUGCUCAACCAGCAAGUUCUUAAAGGACCGCUAACACAUUAUGGGAGAUUUUUAACCCAGAUCAAAACAUCAAAUCAUUUAUCUCAAAUCAGCAAAAUGCACAUUUUAGCAAUUAAUGGAUGCACAUUUUAAUAAUCAAAAUACAAUUAUCCUUAAAAACCCGAAGCAAAGGCUGUCUAACAAGUGUUCCUCUGGAGGUUAAACAUGACUGAGGCAACGUUUCCUCUCUGCAGCAGAAUGAUUAGCAUGCACCUAAUCCUGAUGCAGAACACACACAUUCUCAUACACACUCACACACACCUCAACAGACUUGCAUUAAUAGACACACAGCAACAAGAUGAAACAGCAGGCGUGUGACAGACUCUAACGCUGUGCCGAGUGAGAGGAUCUUCUUUACUUCCACUAAACCACUGGAGCUGAGGCCAACCCUCUUCUCAGCGCGCUCACUCAUUCUUACCUCAGCACACACCUGUCCCCUCCGUCCAGCCAUCAGCAGUAUUAAUACUCUUGCCUUUCAAGCCUCUCUUAGCUUUCAGGAAAUGCAAUUUCCUGUGUAUUUAACGUUCACAAUCAAUGAUGUGGCACACACUGCUUUAGCCUCAUUAGAGCUGCAGGUUAAAGGACAUGAGUCUCUGCUCAAACUGAGAGAAACUCUAUCCACUGUGCUUAAUGCUGCCCUUCAAUUGCAUUUUGGGUUGUGCUGUGUUCAGAUGUUCAAUGUGUGUGUUAAGCUGAUCAUUUCAAACAGCAGUGUGUUCCCGGGGUAACUGGAGUCGGCCAUAAACAAAUGUUACCUUUCAGACACUUUGUGCAUACACAUGAGGGGGGGACGUCAUCAACAUCCUGGUGAAACAAAGAGGUUGCAGGCUGUAAUGGGACAGAAAAGAGGUAAAGGAUGUUCUUUAUUGCUACCGCAUUUAAAACGCUGCAUUGAAAAGUGAAAAUGUCUAUUCAUUCCAAUGGAAUCUGAUCAUAUCUGGUAUGGUGAACUUUGACAAAUAGCUCUAUACUCUGUCCAAGUGUUAAUUGUUACUUUAUUAGUAUUAACCACAGAGCUGUAAACAAAACACAUCACAGACCCAUGAGUUCACAUCACCUUCCAUGAGGGGGCAUACUAUAGAGGAAGUAAAACAAGAUCAGGGAGGCAAUAAUGUUGGCUAUAGUUUUAGCAUACUUCCUGUUGGCUAGCGUAUUAGUCCCAAACUAGCCCGGCAAGUCCUGUAUGUCAUCAGUCCUCUAACACCUUUUACAAAGACUCACUGUGUCUCUCUGACCGGCUCUUUCAAACAUCCCAUUCAAACUCUGGAAAUCAGAAGUAUUGCGCUUUGAGAGGAACAGAUUUCAAGCGAUUUUGAGGCAUUUAAGGUUAAAGCUUGUGGUUGAGAUUUGAGUUUGCUUCCAGGCUGUCAUAGAUCUGACAUCCUGUGGAAACAGAAGCUUUCUUCACAGCAGAAUACAGAACUACAUUAGGAAAGCCAAUCUUUAAUACAGCAGAGGCUCAAAACAUCCAAAGCUCUCGUGCUGCUCUCACUUUGUUGCUUCAGGUGAGUCAUACCAAGCUUCAGCAUUUUCAAAUGUUGCAAUUAUCCUGAAAAUUAAUCUUACAAAUACUUAGUAUUUAUAUCCAGUAAUUCCCUCAGGACUGUUUUCAGUUUGGGCUGAUUCACCUCUCAAGCAGCAUUCAGACAUCAUGGGAGAGAAAAGCCCAGGCUUUAAUACUCACAGCGUCCUCACAUGUACAGUAGAAGGGGUUUCAGAUACAGUGUGUUAUUUCUACCAAACUAAUCGGGGCUUAAUCUGCCACAGUCAUACAGUGGAUGGAUGCUGAUGUGAGAGCAAUAAGAAAUCAUUCCUCUUUCUCCACCCAGUCACUGUCUCAUUCUGAACUCUCAUGCUGGAAGGGGACCAAGAUAUUUUUACUGAUCAGGAUUCUGAACUAUUUAUGUCGUAAUGGUUUUAGUUUUUAUAAAUGAUCUGUACCACAGUGGUUUUGUAUUAGCUCUAUAAAUGUCUAAUGUAUAUAUACAAACCUGAGUCUGUGUCUUCCUUCUCCCCUCUCUUUGUCAGAGUAAUCUCUUCUUUUCUCUGGAGAAAACCGUCCAAUCCAUCGAGGCCUCAGUGCUGCUGACUUUACACUUGUUCUCCUCAAGGUAGCUCCUAAAACUGGCACGAAAGUAACCAUGGUGAUGACGUUAAUGUGAAUCAAAUCCUUAUAAAAAUUCAGACACUUCUUAUGGGCAGGAGUGUUCUCCACUGCUAUUCCAAUAUAUUCUCAGCUAGCGGGUGUACUGAGUAAAGAAGUGUGAGCUCUGCAUU